CUGAAUAAACUAAAAGCAGUGCUUAGGUCUCCUGAUGACAAGCUCAGUGGAGCCCACAGCUAGAGCCAGUGAACAGAGCUACAGUGUCUGCAGGCUGCUGCUUCCCUCCCACUCCAUUUACAGCACUGCUAAACAAAAAAGGGAUUGGCCUUGGGACCACAAGCUGGGAGCCAGUGGAGCUGGGUCUGCCAGGGGCACUGCUGGUCCCACUUUUAUAUGUGCCUUUCUGAAUCUCUCUGUCCUCAAGAUGUCUCACCACAUGAACAGCUCCAUGCUGCCAACAUUGCAUCCUCCUGAGCAUCACCACCCCACCACAGCCUCGGGACAUGGGCACGGAUCUGACAUGAUGAUGAUGGCCAUGACUUUCCACUUCAGCUGUGAAAAUGUGCCACUCCUGUUCUCUGGACUCACAAUCAAUUCUCCUGGAGAAAUGGCUGGUGCUUUUGUGGCUGUCUUCUUCCUGGCCAUGUUUUAUGAAGGCCUUAAGAUUGCCCGGGAGUGUCUGCUCCGGAAAUCCCAAGUCAGCAUCCGCUAUAACUCCAUGCCAGUGCCUGGCCCCAAUGGCACCAUCCUCAUGGAGACACACAAAACUGUGGGGCAGCAGAUGCUGAGCUUGCCUCACCUGCUGCAGACUGUGCUGCACAUCAUCCAGGUGGUGGUCAGCUACUUCCUCAUGCUGAUCUUCAUGACCUACAACGGGUACCUGUGCAUCGCCGUGGCCGCCGGAGCAGGCACUGGAUACUUCUUCUUCAGCUGGAAAAAGGCAGUGGUGGUGGAUAUCACAGAGCACUGCCAUUAACACUGGGUGUGCCCACAGGCCUCUCCACCCCAUCUCUGCAAGAGCAGCCACCUGAGAACUGGAGCAUUCCUAAGUUGCCAAGAGAAUCAUGAUAAAAUUAACUGGAGUUCACCAUGGGUUCCUGGAGGGGUGCAGGGAUGUGAGGAGCUAGGACACGCUGCUCCCCUUGACUCUUGAGAGUCCAUGGCAGCCAUUCUUGGCCAGGAUUUGCUUCAUUCUUAGAUUAUGCUGUGAUUGAAAUUAGUUGGCUGACAGAACUGUAGAAAUUAUUAUUCUAAAAAGAAAACAAAACCAUUUCAUUUUAAAAUUGUAAAUGCUCAUCAGUGAGGGUUUAAUGAACGUGAGGAAAAGAUCAAAGUUGCCAAUAAUGUGUGAAUGGCUGUUUUAAUUUUGAUUUUUUUUUUUCAUUGUGUACAUAAUGCCAGGGGACAAGAUUGCUCUGGCAUUGUGGCUUUUGGGGCCAAUGAUACCUUUUGCUGUAGGACUCAACCUCUGAGAAAGAUUUGGUGCUGCACAUCAGAUAAUGCUCAGGUGUGUCCUGGCAAGGAGGACUUUGACCCAAGGAUGUGACCUGUGUGCUUCAGGGCUUGGAUGAACCUGCCCUCCAAGCCCACCAGAGGAUGAUGAGUGUUGUUAAUCUUAUGUAUCCAGCAGCUUUACUCAGCCCCUACAGAGAACACUUGAGUUUGGCUGCUUUCCCUUUCCAAUUAUGGAACAGAUGCAGGAUAAUAGUUCUGUAUUUGCAGGGCAAAAAGAUUCCAAAUAAACCAUUGAUCCCACAGGUACUUCAUGUGGAACUGCACCUGGAUGGAACUAGAGCUAAGCUUUGGGUUACUAGAACUGGUUCUGUAAAAGAGGCAAGAGUUAAAUAAUGAUUUAAUGACACUAAAGUUAAAAAGGCUGGAGGGUAUUCCUGGAUGGAGGUGAAGGGGGAAAACAACCACGUUCCUAUAAAGAAGAGACCUGGGGAAGAGGAGAAGGAAAAUACAGGGUUACAGCAGCCUUCAGUGUCUCCUUAGGUGAAAUGUGGAGCAGCAUGAGCUAAUCCAAAAGUAUUCCUGACCCAGAUGACUCCUCUUUGUCUUGAUAAUCACAGUGUCCCCAUGCUGGAGGUGCAGGUUCUCAGUGCAGUGGGGAACAGGUGCUAUGGUGCAGUGAAGAACUCAGUCAGUGCUGUAGACUCUGCUCAGUGCCCAGGCAGGACAGGCUGUGAGGGGGCAGAACCACCCUCCUGUCUGGUGCCAGGCAGGGCAGCUCUGGUUUAGCACCUGGAGGUUAAAAAAGUUGUGCAGAGUGUGAUGCAAAGCUGGAGUCUUCCCUCUACCCAGCUUGCCAGGUUUGUGCCUGUAACUGGCUGGAAGAGAAGACAGUGUAAAUUUGGGAAAGGCACUGACAACAGGCCCCACUUUCAGAGUGGGCCUGGUG